AUGACACAAAAUGAUAUCACUUCUACACAAUCACCACUAGAAACUUCAAAAACAGUUUUUGAUACCCGAAAUGAUUACUUUGAACCGAUGGAUGGUUCAAUUGAUAGAUCAAAUGUGGGUUCAUCAAAUGAUAGAAAUAAUUCGAUAAUCGUUGGAAAUGAUGAUUUGAUCUCUAGGAUUCAAUCACGUAAAUCAAGAAAACAUAGUGAUACAAAUGAACAAGAUAUUGAAUUACAAUCAGUUUCAUCAAAUGAAACCGUAAGAAACCAAGCACAAACUACAGAUGAUGAUGGAUAUAAUGAUUCUAAAGAGGCAAUGUUUGCCAAUGAUGAUAUAGAUUAUCCUGAAGGUGGUCUUAAAGCAUACCUUGUUGUAUUUGGUGCUUUUAUGGGUUUAACACCAUGUUUUGGUAUCUUGAAUACUACAGGUGCUAUUGAAACUUAUAUUUCAGAAAAUCAAUUAAAAGAUAUUCCAUCAUCAACAACCUCCUGGAUUUUCUCAGUUUUCGUUUUUGUUAAUUUUACAAGUUGCAUCUUUUCAGGUACUUAUUUCGAUAGAAAUGGUGCAAGAAUCCCAUUAAUUGUUGGUACUUUAUUAUGCUGUGGAGGUCUUUUCGCUUCUGCAAAUUGUAAAACAGUUUGGCAAUUUAUCUUAGCAUUUGGAGUUCUUUGUGGAUUUGGUAAUGGUAUAACUUUAUCUCCUUUAGUCAGUGUUGUUCCUCAUUAUUUCAAUAAAAGACGUGGUUUUUUCAUUAGUAUUGCAACCACUGGUGGUUCUGUUGGUGGUAUUAUCUUUCCUAUCAUGUUAAGAAAGUUAUUUGACUCUGUUGGUUUUGCUUGGGGUAUGAGAGUCUAUGGUUUUGUUUGUUUGGGAUGUCAUGCAUUUGGUAUUGCAUUUGCUCGUGAAAGGUUACCACAUCAAAAGUCAGAUAGAACCAAAUUACAAAACGUUUUGAGUUAUGCAUCUGCAUUUGAUUUCAGAGCUUUUAAAGAAUGGAGAUACAUUUUUGUUGUACUUGGAUGUACAUUUGCUGAAAUAUCAGUUACAACGACCAAUACUUAUUUUACGUCAUAUGCAAGAUCUCAGGGAACUUCAUUAUCAACAGCUUAUUUAUUAACCACAUUAGUCAAUGUUGGUGGUAUUCCAGGUCGUUGGAUAACAGGAUUUUAUUCUGAUAAAAUUGGUAGAUUCAACGUUAUGAUCUCUACAUUAAUAUUUACGUGUGCUGUGCAAUUGAUUAUUUUAAUACCUUUUGGGCAUCACGAAGGUGCGCUAUAUGCAUUUUCAAUAAUUUGGGGGUUUUCAACAGGUUCUAUUUUUCCAUUAUUAUCCGUUUGUUGUGGUCAAGUCUCCAGAACUGAAGAUUUUGGUAAAAGAUAUAGUACGAUGUACUUUAUCGUUGCAUUUGGUACAAUGGCUUCAGUUCCAAUUGGUGGUGCUAUCAUUGGUGAUCGUUCAGUAACCAGUUUCAACUACUUCAUGCUAUUUACUGCUUUAUGUGCGUUAGCUGGUGCUUCGUUUUAUGCUAUUGGUAAAUUUAUCUGCGUUGGAUUUGGUUUAAGAAAAAAAUUUUAG